AUGGGUGUGGAUUACUACAACAUACUGAAGGUGAAUCACAACGCGACGGAGGAUGAUCUGAAGAAAGCUUACAAGCGUCUCGCCAUGAUCUGGCAUCCAGAUAAGAACCCUUCAGCUCGGCGAGACGAAGCGGAGGCCAAAUUCAAGCGGAUCUCUGAGGCCUACGACGUCCUCUCCGACCCUCAGAAGCGCCAGAUCUAUGAUCAUUACGGCGAGGAAGGCCUCAAAUCUGGGAAAAUCCCCAAUUCCGCUUCUUCUUCUUCCUUUUCCUCGCGAAUGCCGAGCUUCCACCCCCAGAGGCAGCAUCCGCCGAACGCCGCGUCGUUCCGUUUCAACCCUAGAGACGCGGAGGAUAUCUAUGCCGAGUUCUUUGGAUCUGAAGGCGGUGGAAAUGCCGGUGGAAGCGCCGGUGGGAGAGGAAGCAGGACGUUUAGGGACGGGAAUUUCAGGAACGGUCAUUUCAACACCGCCGGUGGUAAUUACGGUGCGAAUGGUCAUAGCAGUGAGCUUAGGAAAGCUCCAGCUGUGGAGAAUCCAUUGCCCUGUAGCUUGGAGGACCUUUGCAAAGGUGUGAAGAAGAAGAUGCGGUUAUCCAGAAAUGUCUACGAUGCUUCUGGUAAAAUGAGGGUCGUGGAGGAGAUAUUGCCCAUAGAAAUAAAACCAGGGUGGAAGAAAGGCACAAAGCUGACAUUCCCAAAGAAAGGCAACGAAGAGCCUGGAAUCAUACCAGCAGAUAUCAUCUUCGUCCUCGAAGAGAAGCCACAUCCAGUUUACAAGAGAGACGGCAACGACCUUGUGGUCAAUCAGGAGAUCACUCUACUCGAAGCCCUAACCGGCAAGACCCUGGACCUGAUCACGCUUGACGGAAGGACGCUCAUGAUCCCGCUAACCGAUAUCGUCAACCCCGAUCAAGAGAUUGUUGUUCCAAACGAAGGAAUGCCCAUCUCUAAAGAACCUGGCAAGAAAGGUAACCUGAGACUGAAGCUUAGUGUGAGAUAUCCGUCGAAGCUGACAGCGGAACAGAAAUCGGAGCUCAAGAGAGUUCUUGGUGGAGUUUCAUGA